AUGCAUAAGUUAAAGUUCUUGCUAAAAGUGGUCACUGCGGCUGUACCCGAGUUCCCUAUUACAGAUCUUAUUCAAACCCCAUUACAGAUCUGCCCAUCCUUCUUUAAAUGUAAUGAAGAAAAUUGUGGCAAAAGAUUCAAUAAUAAAGUAAAUCUUAUUGAUCACAAACGCAUACAUUCGGGAGAAAAGCCAUUUACACCGCCGCACUCUGACUCAGACUUCGUCACUGUCUCAUCCCUGGCCUUAGCCCUAACACCCAGUGGUAGCUCUGUCUACAUCUCAUCGCUCACCCCAUCGGCCGUAUCGGACGCCACCUCUGCGUCCAUACCCUCGCUGAGCUCAGAGGGGGAGGGGGUGGCGGAGGUCUUACUCACAGCGAGUACGUCGACAAUACUGCCGAUGCAAGUGCUGGAGCGGACCUUUGAGAGGGCGCCGGCCGACUACCGCACCCCACUCUUAGACAAGAGCUCGUCGUCGGGUGCGUUGCGUUUGAGUAGCGGCUCCGGGCGUAUGCAUGUGCCCAGUGUUGGCCACAUGUGGAAACGGCUGAGGACUGGCCGGUUGGCGCUCACCGACGCUGAACGGCUCCGGCAGAAAACCAAACGCAAUGUACGGCACGCUCUGAGGGACUGGGGCUUUGAUGUCAAGUACAAGACCACCAAGAAAUUGGGUCAGGGAUGCUGGGGUAUAGUGUACAGGGGCGUUUACAAUGAAAAUAUCUCUAAACUGAGCGAAAAACAAGGCAGAUACAUGCUGGGUGCUGCUCCGGGCGUUCACGGGCGACGCCGAAAUGGAAGACCGACGGUUGAACGCCAUAGAGAGGGCGUCAAUGAAAACAUUGUUGCCUUCCGGGCGUCCGUCCAUUUGGGCCGACGGGUAGUGCUCCGCAACGUAUGGGAAGGAGUGGACGGCGCCCGCGAUAUCAUCAGUUAUUACCGUAUGUUUCUCAUUAUGGACUACGGAGAUGAGGGUAGUUUGUACUCAUUUAUGAUUUACAAGCGGCUCAACGAUCGCCUGUGCAUUGAGUUUAUACGCCAGUUGUGCUCCGGACUGGUAUACAUGCACGGCCAGGGCAUAGCACAUUGUGAUGUGCACGCCGGUAAUGUGCUAUUAUUUGAUCGUAACUUACCGGGCAAUGCCCGGCGCACCACCACCUGGUAUGACGGGUCAGAUGCCGCUGUCGGUGAGGACACUGUCGGUGAUUAUGUGGUGAAAUGGACUGAUUUCGGUUACGCCGUAUCGCGUAAUCAUUUCGCCGGAUGGGGUGUCGACAUAUCGGCGCCCGACUGGCGCCGGGAGAUCCGGGAGGACGAGUUGGCGUUUGGCGUAUUGCUGCACAUUAUGGUCGACACGGCCGAGACGUUUGGCGCCGGCAAUGAGGGCCUCGAUUUGGCUUUUAUGAGGGCAUUGGCCGAUGAUCUGCGCCAAACGGGACAACCGUUGGCCGAUGUGUUGACUCAAUACCCGUUUGAAAAGAAUACCCGAUUACCCAUUAAUAGCACAGUUUUGGCCAAAUUCAGUAAUAAUUGGGAAGAGGUUAACAUGCAAAAGUUGGUCUACUUUUAA